AUGCCUUCCCCAAAGAAAGAAAGCCACAUCGGCCUCUACGUCACGAAGCCCAUCGUGGAAGCCAAGCAAUCCUUCGGCCGAAUCUCCAUCUAUACCAGCGCUUGGACCCUCGAAUCGAAACGGGAGACCAUCGACGAGUUAAAACAAGAAGGCGUGCAGGUCAUUGUUCACGAUAUUAACAGCCCAAAGGACGUGCGCAAGGCGUACACCGCGAUUGACACCGUCAUUUCCGCGCUCGGCCGUGGCGCCAUCGCCGCGCAAAUCCCACUUAUCCAGAUCGCCAACGAAGCACCGCACAUCAAGCGCUUCCUGCCCUCCGAAUACGACAAAGACAUCGAAUAUGGUCCUGCAUCGAAGGACGAGAAGCCGGAUCAGCAGAAACUCAAGGUGUGUGCGACAUUGAAGACGAUACGCGAGUCGCUGGAGUACGCUGUUGGUAAAUUCGUCGUCCACACCCUUACGCAUUGGGAAGCUGCGCGGAACCGUGCCGUGAAGCUGAAUUCGUUUACGACUACGCCGGCGGAGGGAGGACGGAAACUACUUACCAUCCAGUCCGCCCAAGCAGAAAUCCGAGAGAUCAAAACAGAACAGGCUCUAAAAGAACAGAACACCCAACUACAGGACGAGAUCCAGGCACUCUGCAAGCAGAUCGAAACCCAGGCAGUUAGCCUACACCCAAGGCUGUAG